AUGGACUACAAAUCAUCAGUUCAAAACAACGAAAAAAAAUUAUCUAUUAGUACACAUGAUAAUGAAAAUAAAGAAAAUAUAACACUUAUUUGGUUUGAUCCAAAUAUUGAAUCAUAUGAAGAGAUUGAAAAAAUUAAAAAUCAACUUCGUCUUAUUAAUGAUUAUGUUAUUGUUUGUACUGAUUUUGAACAAUGUAUUAGAUAUAUUGAAUCUAUUCAUAGAGAAAAAAUCUUUUUAAUUAUAUCAAAUUUAAUAACAUUAGAAAUUUUACCACAAAUUAAUUCUUUUAUUCAAAUUGAUUCAAUUUUUAUUUUUUCUAUUAAAAAAGAUCAAGAUAAAAAUUUAUUAAAUGAAUAUAGAAAAAUAAUUGGAAUUUAUAUUAAUUUUGAUGAUUUAGUUCAAUCAAUAAAAGAAGAAAUUGAUUUUAUUAAUAAUCAAAUAGAAACAUUUUGUAUAUUUGAUCAAUAUCAAAUUUUAACAAAAGAUUUAUCAAAAGAAUCAGCAAAAUUUUUUUUAUUUCAAUUAUUUAAUUAUGUUUUUCCUCAUCUUCCACAAAAUGAACAAACAAAACAACAUAUUAUUCAAUUAUGUAAAGAAUAUUAUCAUGGAAAUACAAAAGAAAUUAAAUUAAUUAAUGAAUUUGAAGAAAAUUAUCAAACACAAGAUGCUAUUCAUUGGUAUUUAAAACAAUCAUUUAUAUCUAAAUUAAUUAAUAAAGCAUUAAAAAUAGAAGAUAUUGAUUUUUUAUAUCAAUUUCGAUUUUUUAUUAAUGAUCUUUCUCAAAAUCUUCAUGAUCAACAUGAAAAAAUUUUAUUAUCAAAUGAAACAAUUUUAAAUGUUUAUCGAGGAAUGAAACUUAAUAAAGAAGAAUUUAAUAAAUUAAAAGAAAAUCAAGGAAAACUUAUUUCUAUAAAUGGAUAUUUAUUAACUAAUCAACAAAAAUCAAAAGCAUAUGAUUUUGUUAAUAAAUCAACUAAAAGACUUGAUAUUAUUUCUAUUAUUUUUCAUAUACAAUGUGAUAUAAAAAAUCUUAAUAAAAAUAUUAUUUUUGGUAAUAUUAAUCAAUCAAAUAAUUAUUUCAAUGAACAAGAUAUUUUAUUUGAUUUAAAUGCUUGUUUUCAAAUUGAAUCUAUUAAUGAAUAUCAAUCAAUACAAAUAAUUAAAAUGAAUCUUUCAAAUCAAGGACAAAUAAUUACAAAUAAUUAUAUUGAUUUAAAACAAAAAUAUAAAGAAGAAAGAAGUAUUUCAAUUGUUUUUGGUAGAUUAUUUUGUAAUUUAGGAGAAUAUGAUAAAUCCCAAAAAUUUUUUCAACAUUUAUUUCAUGAUUCAAAUGAUGAAGAUCGUGCAUGGAUUGAAUUUAAUAUUGGUCGUGUUCUUUCUUUUAAACGUGAAUGGAAUCAAGCUCGAAUAUAUUAUGAUCAUGCAUAUGAACGUAUGAUGAAACAUAAACCACCACGAAUAAAAGAUUCAGCACAUGUUCUUAAUAAUAUUGCUUGUAUACUUCCUAAUCAAGGAAAAUAUGAUGAAGCACUUGAUUAUCAUCAACGUGCAUUAGAAAUUCGUGAAAAAUUUUAUCCAUCUGAUCAUAUUGAUAUUGCUCAAAGUUUAUAUAAUAUUGGUCGUAUACUUGAUCAUCAAGAAAAAUAUGAUGAUGCUUUUGAAUAUUAUCAAGGUGCAUUAAAAAUUCAACAGAAAAUUUAUCCAUCGAAUCAUGUUAAUAUUGCUAGAAGUCUUAGUAAUAUUGGUAUUAUUCUUUAUCGACAAGGAAAAUGUGAUGAAGCUCUUGAUUAUCAUCAACGUGCAUUAAAAAUUCGAGAAAAAAUUUAUCCAUCUGAUCAUAUUGAUAUUGCUUAUAGUCUUAAUAAUAUUGGUAUUAUUCUACGUAAUCAAGGAAAAUAUAAUGAAGCUCUCGAUUGUUAUAAAAAAGCAUUAAAUAUUGAAGAAAAAUUUUAUCCAUCGGAUCAUGUUGAUAUUGCAAAAAGCCUUAGUAAUAUUGGUAAUAUUCUUUCUGAUCAAGAAAAAUAUCAAGAAGCUCUCGAUUAUUAUCAACGAGCAUUGAAAAUUGAAGAAAGAUUUUAUCCAUCUGGUCAUGUUGAUCUUGCACAUAGUUUGAAUAAUAUUGGUAUUUGUUAUGAAAAUCAAAAUCAACGAGAAAUGGCACUUAAUUAUUAUCAACAUGCAUUGAUUAUUUAUGAAAAAUAUCUUCCUAUUGAUCAUCCACGUCGACAAAAAACUGAACAUAAUAUUCGUCGACUUACUAAAAGAAACUCAUUCAGUAAAUGA